ACCGGGUGGGUUCAGUACGCAUGCGCGGAAGAACCGGUGAUGGCAGCGCAUUUAGAGGCUCCUUUACUUUAUGUAAUAAACUAAUACAUUUAACGUUUAAUGUAAACAGUUUCCUUGACCACCUGCCGCAUAAGAGAUAUGAAUGAGGACCACUUCGUUUUCCCUCGAGGUCCUGGCCUUACUCUUCCUCACACUGAUCCCUUGGCCGGGGCCCUCAGUCUUCAAAAUAACUUGCUCUCGUGACAACUCAAAAAUAGUAAGAAAAGUUAUAGAAAAUAAAUGGCUCCCAGUACUAGAGAGGUUUCAGGUGAAACUGCCACUGGAGUGUCCGUUCCAUCCGGCACGCGACAUAUUCGCGCCUCAACAUGCGGCCAAACUACAGCACCGUCCGUCGCAGUGGACGUGCGCCUUCUGUGGCAAGUCCUUCUACGAAGAACGACAUCUCGACACACACUUCGACCAGAGACACAAGAACCAGAUUAAUAAGGCGGAAGAUGCAGUUUGUCUGGCAGACUACUGUGACAUCAUGCGGUGUCAGGUGCUCGUCGCGCAUGGCCUGCUCAGCGGCACUGGAGGACCAAGCACUGAUAUUGAAACUUUCACUCAGGUAUGGCAAGACGUAGAAUCAGUGAAAAAAGCACUUGCACCAGCAGCGACGCGGAGCGUGGCCAGAGUCAACGCGAGAAGGCGGCACAGAGCGCGCACCGCACCACCGCCCCCCAUAGAAGACUGCCCGCGGUCAGAAGCAGACGUACGAGAGGAGGAAUCAGAACCAGACGAGAAAAGAACGGAAGAUAAUGACAGUGACGCUAAUCAGACAGCUGAGUUGUGUGACGCGGACACCGUGGAGUCAUCCUUGCCUCCCGACAGCCGGCACAAGAGGCUGGCGGACUUGCAGGCAGAGCGAGCGGCUUGUGACCCCACCCGCCUUCAGACACUCAAGGUUCGCUGUGAAAGAAUAGUACAUUCCUGCAUAGCGACACUUCUUCUACACCUCACGCAACAUCAGUUCACCGAGCUUGAAGAGGAAAUGCAGCGCGCUGUGUGCUGGUACCUGAGCUGCGACCGGUACUGGGAGGACACGGCGCCCUCGGCUCGCGCCUUCCCCUGGCCGCUGUUGCUGGCCCUGGCUACCGGCCUAGCGUUGGCACUCUGUAUGUGCUACUAUAUCAUCUGGAUUGUGUUCGAGCUGCCUUAUGUGCAGGCGUUUCUCAUUAAUACAAUGGUCGAUCAUCUUUACCUCCAAGAAGCGGCUGAAGAUUUCCCGGCGCCUAGGAGUCGAAGAUCUAGCUCGGAAGAGGGCAGCGUGGCGGGCAGCGCGUCGGUGUCGAUGACGACGCACUCGUCGCCCACGCGCGGCGAGCGCCUGGCGGCCGACGACGCCAUGCUGGACGACCCGGACCACGACGACCACUACAUCUACGUCACCUACCCGCCCGAGCUCAAGCGCAGGCUGCUCGAGAGCUGCUACAAUAGAACAACUCGCCUCUGAGAUCAGCAUCCAUGCCAUUGCGCCGCGCAUGCGUACUUUGUAGUCUAGUCAACAAAAUGCUGUUAUGCAACUUUUUUUUUUACAAAAAAUAUGAUUUCGUUAACCCAAAAAGUUUUGGCUAGUUGAAAAAAAAUCGUGUUGGUUUUCAUGAAUAAUUUUACUUAGGUUAACUAGUUAGGGAUUUAAUGAGAUCCAAUUUUACGAAAUAUGUGAAAAAGUUGCUGAAACAGCAGUUGUUGACUAGAUUAUAGUACCACUACAGUAGUUUUAAUUCUUAGAAUUUGUGGUAAUUUCUAUAAACAUUGUGUUAUAGUGGAAUACGUAUGUGUUCUGUUCUUUAUUUCAACAUUUGAACACUGUUGUGAUUUUUUAUACAUUUCUUCUUAAUAGGGUUGUUUCCUAAAUCAAAAACAAAUUAUUUUCACUAACGAAUCUAAUGAACAUAUAUAAGUGAUGAUAAUAUCAUUAACUGAUUAAAUUUUAAUUUAUUUUCAGCGUUUUUUACAGUCGUCUAAUUCUUAUUCAAAAUUGAGAGUAAACUGUCGUUUGUCAUUAAGAAAAAAGUAAUUUUGACUAGUUGGAAACUACCCUAUCGUUUUCACAAUAAUGUUCAGUAAAUCUACUGUAAAUAAGGCACAGAAUCACAUAGCAAUUUUAAAGGUAUGUUGAUAAUAUGUUGCACUAGAUUUGUAGUUUUCGCGCCAAAAUUCUUCAAUUGGCUUCUCUCAGAGGUACGUAGGUCGAAUACUAAAACUUUAUUCAUAUUAUGUUUUGUAGAUGUUCAUUUAGGAAAUCUAUAUGUAAAAGUUUGUCAAAAAAUGUUGUGUUGAUAUUAAUCAAAGAGUAUAUGCAUGCCCUAUGACUAUAGGUCUAGUGUGACAUAUUAUACUUAGGUAGGUAUCCCUAAACAACAAAAUUUUCACAAAAAUACCAAAGUAGAUAUCAAGACGAAAGAAUCUCUUUUUUAUAUAUUAUUGUAUUAAGUGUUAUUUACAAAUUUGUUUAAGUUUAGUUUAUAGUGUAAUUAAUUCUUUUAGAUGUAGUUUGCUUGAAACAAUUUGAUGGUGCCUAAACCUUUCCUUUUUAUAUUGUGCCUACUUAUAUGUAUUUUUUUCUCUUUUAGGUAGUAACAGAUAUUACAAUAAGAAACAAUACUGUAAAUACAAACAAUGUCGAUGUGACUUUAUAAUCAUUUAAUAACAGAUUUGCUGAUAAAGAGAAAUAUUUUUGUCUUAAAUGCAUUUUAUCCCCUCAUUGCUCAUGAGACUAAGGCCUUUUUUACAAUGUCUGAAUUACUUCUUUUUUUUUCUGGUAACUGAGUCUCCAAUACAUUUUUGUUGACUAUACUGCCAGUGUCGUAAGUUCUUGUGCCAGCUAAGCUAUCAACAACUUGAUCAGAAAUUGUGAAACAGGUCCUUAGUAUCCAUAUCUUCGAUUAUAGUAAUAUAACAUAUUUUUAUCUAACUCAAAAAAUAUUUAACAUUCGAUUUUUGAAAGGGAAUUAAAAAUAAAUUUCAUGUUAGAAUCAUGCCAAGUGCCCAAAUAGUUGAAUACUAUUGUAAGGUCAAAAAAUAUGAAUUUAUACUUUCAGAAAUCCAAUGUACCUAAUAUUUUCACGUGAAACUAGACUUAUACAAUUGUAUGAUAAAAAUAUUAAAUUUAUUUAUUUGCUCAUUGUUAAUGUUAAUUUGACAUAAUGUCAGGAUUUUGUUACUUAGCUAUUUUAUUUGUUAUUUUGUUUUAUAAUAAAUAAUCUCACGACCAAUUAUAGUCAUUACUUAUAAGCAAA